GCCAUCUCUGCGAAGGGGGAGACGGAGGGCGCGCUUACUGGGCGCUGAGUGGAAGAUUGCUUCUCGUAACCUCGAAACAGCCCCAGGAGCUGAGGGUCGUCCGCCCCACUCCACAGAGGGCGAAGGCCCCGCACGGCUCGCCCCUUGCCCAGGGCUCCUCAGCCACGCUGAGGGGCUGCAUCCCAGCCGGCUGCACAGCAAGGCUCUGGGACGCCGCUGUUUCCAAGACACAAGGUCUUGAGUCCCUCACCACCUGGCCUCAGUUUUCCUGCUUGGGGCUCUCUCUCUGGGUGAGCUCUGAGCCCACGUCCUGCUCUCGGCUCGUGUGGGGUUCCUAACAAGUUGCUAACCGGUUGCUGUUGAGUGGAUUCUGACUCAGGGUGACUCUGUGUGUCAGCGCAGAACUGUGUGCCGUAGGGUUUUCAAUUGCUGAGUUUUCAGCAGAUUGCCAGGCCUUUCUUCCGAGGUGCUUCUGGGUGUCUCAAAUCCCUAAUCUCCCUUUUAGCAGCCAAGUGCAUUAGCUGGUUGCCCCACACAGGGACCCCUCACAGUAGCUAGCUAGCGUUUUUCCCUGGGUUAGAGCGGCCACCUUCCAAGCAUUCAGCUCAUCUCUCAAGUGUUGGAGGAUUAUUGGAGAUGGGUAGGGUGGGGUUGGUGCAGAUGGGCAAGGUAGCCAGAAUGGGUGGAGGCAAGCCAAACCAUGGGGACAAGCUCAGCCCGCCCCUCGCUUCCUUUCCAGGCCUCCUCCUUGCGGCCACUCUCAUCCUCCUGGCCCACCUCAGCUUGGCCAGGAACCUCCCAGAGACCUCACCAGGCUCUGGAAUGUUCGAGUGCCUCAGCCACUCCCAAAACCUGCUGAGGGCUGUCAGCAACAUGCUUCAGAAGGCCAGACAAACCCUAGAGUUUUACUCCUGCACUUCUGAAGAGAUUGACCAUGAAGAUAUCACUAAAGAUAAAACCAGCACGGUCAAGGCCUGCUUACCACCGGAAUUAACCGCGAAUGAGAAUUGCCUGGCUUCCAACAAGACCUCUUUCAUAACCCCUGUCUCAAUGGUUCCUUCCCCUUUUCUCCAUGUCCCCCAGACCCUGUGCCUUAGUAGUAUCUACGAGGACCUGAAGAUGUACCAGGUGGAGUUCAAGGCCAUGAAUGCAAAGCUUUUGAUGGACCCCAAGAGGCAGAUCUUUCUGGAUCAAGACAUGUUGGCAGCUAUUGACAAGCUGAUGCAGGCCCUGAAUUUCAACAGUGAGACUGUGCCACAAAAACCCUCCCUUGAAGAGCCGGAUUUUUAUAAAACUAAAAUCAAGCUUUGUAUCCUUCUUCACGCUUUCAGAAUUCGUGCAGUGACUAUCAACAGGAUGAUGAGCUAUCUGAGUUCUUCCUAAAGAGCUGGGAUUUCUUCAGAUCUUAAAGUCAUUUUUGUAGAAAUCGGAACCAAAGAUACCUUAACAGGAUAUGGGUUAGGGGCUGGGGAGGGGGCGGUUUGACCUGAUCCUACUUAAGCUGGCACCGUAAUUCUCCUGCUUCUGUUUACAGUAGUCGCCACCCAGAAUUUGAAGGGUGCGACUCUUAGAUCCAUGUGAUUCCUUUGAGCAAGUAUAUUUCACCUUUACUAUCCAUAAGUUGUUUUUAAGUUUUCAUAAGCAAAUUGCCGAGAAGGGAAAACGCCCUCCUCACUGGAUGUGUUUUUCUUUCCCUUCAAGAAGAACAGGCAUUUAUAAGCUAUUUCUGUGCCAACGUGUUUGUAGAAACAGACACGCAAGCAUAAUUUAUUUUAAAAUAUUUAUUUAUAUAAUUUUAUGUUCAUGAAAUCAUGUGAACUGAUAUUUAUUUAUGUUGUAUUUAUUUAAAUAUUUAUUAUCAAAUGAAUUUUAAAAAUACCUUAUAAAUGUUAUUCUAAAAAUAAAACAGAAUUGAAGUAAUUCUCAUAUUUUCUAAUGUAACUGAAAUUAUUUGUGUUAAAAUACACAUGGGGGAAACUGUAAACUUUAAUGAAAUUUGAAUAAAAUUACCUUGGAAAGGAUGCUUCAGUGUUCUCAUGUGUUUCCUUGUCCUUUAGUCUAGCAUUUUGAAGGGAGCCUAGGUAUGCUUCAAUCCUGAGGCAAUCAAGUGAGUUACAGUUUUUGAGAGUUUAUAUCAUUUUUGUUCAAGAUCUGAGUCAAAAGUAAAAAGUAUAAAAAUGUUUUUUCUAAUAAUCAUAACCCCAUAACACACUGUGCAUUAAACAAAUACAUAAUAACCUUUUCAUGGAUAAAUUAUUUUUUUUGCAAGUUUUUGGUGAUGCCAUGUUUAUUCACUAAUGCAAUGACUGCUGGAUCAUUGUGUGCUGAUAGUAUUUUCGUUAUUUGAAAAAAUAGGGUGCCAAUUACAAGCAGUCCAUAUGGGUACCUUGUUCCACGAAGUACAUCACAAAGGCCCCAUGGCCCAGGAAGUGCAUCCCGCUUCCUGCUUACACUUGAGCCAUAAAAUCUCUUACCCAGCUUUCCAGUGAGCACUUUAUAAAGACGCCAUCAGGGAGGUGACAAACGCA